AUGUCGACCGAUACGGUGGCCGAUUUCGGUCUCUGUAGAGAGGCAAACUCACAUGAGGUUUCGGGAAAAGUUGCAAUCAAAUGGACUGCUCCAGAAGCUGUGAGACACAAUCAAUUUACUCCAGCCUCUGAUAUGUGGUCAUUUGGAGUCCUUCUUUGGGAAAUCUAUUCUUUUGGUCGCCUUCCAUACCUCGGAAUCUCAGUGAACGAUGUCCUUGCCGAAGUGGAAUCUGGCUAUCGGCUUCCUCGACCUGACGCCUGCCCUGCAGAGUUGUAUACCAUCAUGCAGCGGGCCUGGCAGGCAGUACCACGUGCCAGACCGCAGUUUUGUGGAGUGCUUGAUCAACUACAAGCUAUUUGGCGACGACCGUCACCUUUGCAACUUCCAUCUGCGCAAUUAGUUUCAUCGCCCCCAACGACAACGUCUGCCUCACUCUCACCAAUACCCAAAUCCCCUCCAAACAGUAGUCCCGCACCUCUCAGUGGUAAUUUCAACCACCCACUAUUUACUUUGUCAUCGGGGUCGAUACCAAUGGAGAAGACUAUUCCGCUACCUGCACCACCGAAGACCACCGCGUCACCAUUCACUUGUGGCUCUAAAUCUUAUACAAGGGUGGUAUAA